UGCAUGGGCGUCCGGGAUUGGCUGGCCUCUUCGGUGGCCUAGGAGGCGUUCGUCCUGUGCGUCCUGUUCUACAGUUAUGGCUCGGCCAGCGGCAGCUUUCCGCCGCCUGGGCGCUUUGUCCGGAGCUGCGGCCUUAGGCUUGGCCUCCUACGGCGCUCACGGUCGGGGGCUGGGGACGAAGCUGGGACUGUGCUUGGAGCGUCCUCUGGGGUCUGGUGCAUGGGCGGAACCUGUGGGAAGUCCCCGACCUCAUGUUUAUCUGCCAGCCCGCGGAGCCUUAAGCCUUUUGAAGUCCCCCAGCCGGGUCCAAUUGGUUCCCAGCGCCCAAUUCCCAGAUGCCUACGGAAAGGAGCUCUUUGACAAGGCCAACAAGCACCACUUCUUCCACAGCCUGGCCCUGUUAGGGGUGCCCCAUUGCAGAAAGCCCCUCUGGGUAAUCUUUCCCUGGGCCUAACCCCUCCUCUGGGCUGGGUUACUGCUAGCUUCCGGAACGACCUUAUUCUGCACCAGCUUUUACUACCAGGCUCUGAGUGGAGACCCCAGCAUCCAGACUUUGGCGCCUGCAGGAGGGACCCUGCUACUCUUGGGCUGGCUUGCCUUGGCUCUUUGAGCUUCCUUUUGCUUAAUUACUGGGUUUUCUGGGCAGUUUUUAAAAAAACAGUUGGAGUAAGAAGAGGAUUAAAAAGGAAAGGCAAAUAAA